AAGCUUUAUUAGUGUUCUUUCUUGGCAUUGAGUGCGCAUGCGCGGUGAUUUGACACUGCGCAUACCUGAAUACACGCCAGUUACACGGCAUCGAAACAUCGGGCAUGGCUGAUGAAAGAAGCUACGAAUACACGCCUUCUGAGUUCAGUAUGACGGACGAGACAACUGCAAGCACAACCUGUGACGGUACCCCGGGCGCUUCAUCUGCUUUGGACGCCUACACCACCAUUCCUGAUGACGCCUGGAAGUACCCUUGGAACACACAGCCCAUGCCGAUAACCGACGGGACUUACAGCGUCGAAGGUGACACUGAAAAUGGCAUGACGAGUUACCAGGAACUGGAGUGCGUCAGCAGCAUCGAAAACGCAAGGCCAAGCACAAUUCGAGCUGGCAUGGAUGCAGCAUCAGCCAAUUUUGAAGACGGCGCCACAAUUCCUGAGACCACCUUGGUUGACCCACUGAGGAGGCAGUACCACCCGGCUCAUAGCACAUCCACCGUCUGCGGGAGGUGUAGGUAG